AUGCCUCCCAAGAAGAAGGUCGCAGCAGCUGAGGGCGGCGAGGCUGAAGGCGGUGCAUUUCGCUGGACACUGGAGAACGCAAACAAGGUAAACCAGCUCCUCAUUCUGACUCAAGGCCGCUAUCUCACGGGCGAAGAUUACGAGCGUCUUGUUAGUGUCUUUCCUGGAACAAACCUCAACGGCGUCAAAAUCAAAGUCUCCCGUUUCCGCGUCGAGCAACGCAAGCUCUUCGACGAGUACGGCUGGACGCUUCCUGAUGGCGGUGCAGUGCUGAAGAAGACGCCUACACCGCGCAAGAACAAGAAGAGGGAUGCGGAGGAAGAGGCGGGCGAUGGAGAUGAUGUUGAGGAGGAGACUCCGAAGGCGAAGAAGCCGCGUGGCAGGAAGGCCAAGGCAAAGAAAGAGGCGUGUGUUGAGGCUGAAGUCGAAGAGGAGGAUAGUGGGAAGGUCAAAGAGGAGAUUCUUGAUGAGGAUAUGUAG